CUUCGUAUGGAAGAGGGUGAUGAAAAUGUCAUCAUAAAGAUGGCAUCUAUUUCCCACGAAGUCAGUAUUGAGAUGUGCACAUCGACUCCUGUAACUCCUGCAGGAAAAACGCCUCGUAGAGGUGCAAAAAGAAGGCGUGUGGACGUUGGUACCGAGGCCCAAAAAACGUUUUUGGAAAUUGCUCAGACCCAAGCAAAUGCCUUAAAAAUGCUAGCAGAGUCGAGUGCAGCGAAUGUACAAAUAGCAAGUAGACAAGCAGAUGCUUUGAAGUUGUUAGCUGAAACAAGUACGGCGAAUGUGCAGGUAGCGAAAUCGUUGGCCGAAGCUAUGAACACAAUGGGGGAAGGUUUAAAGGCAUGUGCGGAUGCCUUUAAUAAUUUAACAAACGCUAUCUACCGCAUGUAAAUAUUGUGUAAAUAUGUAGUUUUUGAAGUAAUUUUUUGUUUUAAUAUUUAUGUUAGUUUUAAGCGUUUUAAAUGUAAGUUGAAGUUCUUUUUUGUUUUUAUAUUUAUGUUAGAGUUAAGUUUUAAUUCGACAUAGCCUGAAGUUAACUUUUUACAUUUAGAAUAACUGUUUAAGAUAUUCGAAGAAGAAUUUUAACAAAUUUGAAUUGAUCUUUAUUUGUUUUUAAUAAGCGAGUUAUUUGAAGUUCUGUUGAUUUUCAAAUGAAUUCAAUGUUUACAAAUUUAGUUGAUAGAGAGGUAUACGGUCUUACUGCAUGUAAGAUAUACCACAUAUAUUUCUUAUAUACAAUAAGUAAUGAAAUUUCAUUUUGUGAAUUCAUGUUUUAAUUUUGUGAUGCGC